AUUCGAAACCGACAGCGAAAAUUGAUAAAAUCCUAUUCCGAUUUUCAAUCCAAUGUGGGCCAUAUGAGUGUGGGCAUCCAUAUAAUAAAUUCAUAAUCAUAUAAAAGAAACUUUCUUUCCCCUUCACUUCAUUUCACAAGGGCUCCACCACCACCGCACCACCACCCAUUCUCCGGCGAGGAGGAGGACUUCACACACAAAAGCUCCGUUACAGGCAUCUACAAUGUCAACUCCAGCUAGGAAAAGAUUGAUGAGGGAUUUCAAGAGGUUGCAGCAGGACCCGCCUGCCGGUAUAAGCGGUGCACCGCAAGACAAUAAUAUUACGCUAUGGAAUGCUGUUAUAUUCGGUCCCGAUGAUACACCUUGGGAUGGAGGUACGUUCAAAUUGUCGCUUCAAUUCACAGAAGAUUAUCCAAACAAGCCACCAACUGUUCGGUUUGUUUCUCGAAUGUUCCAUCCAAAUAUUUACGCGGAUGGAAGUAUAUGUUUGGAUAUCCUUCAAAAUCAAUGGAGUCCUAUAUAUGAUGUUGCUGCUAUACUUACAUCUAUCCAGUCAUUGCUUUGCGACCCAAAUCCGAACUCUCCGGCAAAUUCAGAAGCUGCUAGAAUGUUCAGUGAGAAUAAGCGAGAAUACAAUCGCAGAGUUAGGGAAGUUGUCGAGCAAAGCUGGACUGCCGAUUAACCCUGUUGCCCUUAGGCUAGAAGGCCUAAAUAUUAUGCUGCAAGAUUCUUGUUUCUUUUUUUUCUUCUUUUAAUAUUGUAAAAUAGAAUUCUAUGCACUGAUUUGUGUUUGGGAUUGUAAUGAAAUUAAUAUUGCUGAAAACUGUGAUGGUUGGUUAUGAGAUAUUUUUCAAUGUUAUAUGCAUUAGUGUGAAAAUCUCAUCUUGUUCUUGA